GUAAUUUAAUCAGCCAAUACUUUGAAUAAAAAGGAAAAAAAAUGAUGUCAAGACAGGCUUUUCUCUGCAGUUUGGGAUCUCUGUAUUUGUCCCUUCUGUUUGUCUUUCUUCUAAUGGAUGUUUAUGCAAGGCCUGCAAAUAAUUCGGCCCUCAAAGAAAAGCCAGCUGACAGCAAAGAUGAGAAUGAGAUCUUGCCCCCAGAUCACUUGAACGGGGUCAAAAUGGAGAUGGAUGGACAUCUGAACAAAGAAUUCCAUCAAGAAGUUUUUCUAGGAAAAGAGAUGGAAGAGUUUGAGGAAGAUUCAGAACCGAGAAAAAAUAGGAAGAAGCUCAUGGUCAUCUUUUCAAAGGUGGAUAUAAAUAAUGAUAAAAAGAUAAGUGCAAAAGAGAUGCAGCGCUGGAUCAUGGAAAAGACAGAUGAACAUUUCCAGGAAGCUGUGGAAGAGAAUAAAAUGCACUUCCGAGCUGUGGACCCUGAUGGUGAUGGCCAUGUGUCCUGGGAUGAAUAUAAAAUCAAAUUUUUGGCAAGUAAGGGCUUUAAUGAAAAAGAGAUUGCAGAGAAGAUCAAAAACAAUGAAGAGUUGAAAAUAGAUGAAGAAACACAGGAAGUUUUAGAUAAUCUGAAGGAUCGGUGGUACCAAGCUGACAACCCACCUCCUGAUCUGUUGUUGAACGAAGAAGAAUUUUUAUCCUUUCUUCAUCCAGAGCAUAGUAGGGGAAUGCUGAAGUUCAUGGUGAAAGAAAUCAUUCGAGAUUUGGAUCAAGACGGAGAUAAGAAACUUACCCUUUCAGAGUUCAUUUCAUUACCUGUUGGUACUGUAGAGAACCAGCAAGCUCAAGAUAUUGAUGAUGACUGGGUAAAAGACAGAAGGAAGGAAUUUGAGGAGGUCAUCGAUGCUAACCACGAUGGUAUUGUCACAAUGGAAGAGCUGGAGGAAUAUAUGGAUCCUAUGAAUGAAUACAAUGCCCUAAAUGAAGCGAAGCAAAUGAUAGCAGUAGCAGAUGAAAAUCAAAACCAUCACUUGGAGCUGGAGGAGAUACUGAAAUACAGUGAAUACUUCACAGGCAGCAAGCUUAUGGACUAUGCACGUAACGUCCAUGAGGAGUUCUGA